UCGUGAUUUGAAAGCAUUGGAAUUCUCUACCCAUAUCCGUCAUUGAACUUGCACUUUUAAUCAUGUCCGCUGCACCCAUAUCGACUCCUACUGAGGCACCCCGACAGGAGUUGAUGUCAGCCUUGUCAACACUGCUUGAAGCUGGCAAAUAUUCGGACCUUACCAUUGUUUCCGGUUCGAAGACAUAUGCUGUGCAUAGAGCUAUUAUCUGCUCGAGAAGCGGUUUCUUUGACGGCGCAGUCAGCUCUCCGUUUAGAGAGUCGCAAUCGAGUAUCAUCGAUCUAAGCGAAGAUGACCCAACUGCCGUUGAACAUAUGGUGCACUACUUUUACCAUCUUGAUUACCUUCUACCGCCCCAGCCACGCCUCCAUACUCCCCAGUCCUCCCCCGCACAGUCCCUUCCAACGUCCCCAAUGUCCCCACCUGGCUCCGCUUUCUCCCCCCUUUCCCCAUGCUCUGCAACCGCACAGCAAUCUUUCCGCCGACCCCGCAAACUCAAUCUUGCCAUGGUUGAGGAUCCCCUCAUAGCUACCGCGGCGGCCAACGCUCACAACGUUGAUUCCUGCCUCCCCCUCUCCCCUGAAAUGCCAGCUUCCCCUUCUGUGGGGACCAAAUCCAACCCCUUUACGCUCGACUCCGCUCUUGAUGAUACUGGGAGCGAUACAAACCCCUUCGAACUCCUCUCCGACCUGGAAGUCUCUCCAACCCCUGAGCCCCACCUGAUGGCCCACGCGCGUGUCUAUGCGUUGGCGGAUAAGUACCACAUUGCCGGACUGAAGACCCUGGCCGGCGCCAAGUUCGCAUGCCAGGUCCAAACGCAUUGGGCGGGCGAAGAGUUUGCGGAUUCACUCGUGGAGGUCUAUGAGAAUAGCUUGGAGACUGAUAGGGGCCUGCGGGAUGUUUGCUUGCAGGUGUUCAGGGAGCACAGAGAAAUUGCGGAGCGGAGAGAGAUCCAGGAGGCGGUCAAAGGGACCCCGGAGCUGGCCUGGGAGUUGUUGAGGACGACAUUGGGGCUGCCUAUAUGCUGAUCCACGGCUCAAUGUCCAUAGCAACGAAUUGGCAUUAAGCAGACUGAGUCCGGUUGCUUGGGGAUUGCCCUUUGAUUGAGCGAUUAUAAAAGUUUUAGGCGACAAGAUCGCAGGCAUUCCAAGUGCUGGAGCCAUGACCGCAAUUGUCGUAUAUUGGAUUUAUUACUUUGGAUACCUACCGAUUGAUGAAACACCAGCGGCUUUCAAAUCUUCUGUACGACCACCUCUUCAACCCUUUCGACCAUACCCUGAACGCAAAGUUCCACAUCUAGUAUCACAUCACUCUUCAGAGGUUCAAACAUGGUACAUAUGGCCUAUCCGUAAUUCACCAUCCCUACUUCCAAUGUCUUCCCCUUAGGUUAAUGUGCGCGGAAUGCUCAAACGUCCAAGGCUUGAGAUGAGA